AUGGAGGAGGCUCCAACGCAUGUGCCACAGGCCGAGGAGACGCCCAGCGUGGAAGAUCUCGUGGACCCGAUGCCACUGGACCGGCCAGCCAAGAUGCGAAGAAUGGAGGAGCCAGCUACUCGUAGCGAGUCAUCAGCGUCACCGGAGAAGGGGAUCAGCCGAGCGGAUUCCCAAAACAUGAUCCUCCGCAUGAGCCAGAAGGGAAUGUCGGUGGACGCCAUUGCAGACGUGUGGAACGUGGAAGCUGUGGAAAUCGUAAAGACGCUCGAGCUGAUGCGAUCUGGAAAGGACAGCCAAAGCAGCACUGAAGUGGGGCAUGGCUGGACUGCCUGGGUGAAGCGACUUGUGGAGGAUCCUCCUGAGCUUUGCUGUCCCAUAUCCCAGGAGUUGAUGGAAGAUCCUGUGGUCGCGGCAGAUGGAAUCACUUACGAAAGGCGUUGCAUCGCAGAGUGGUUUCAGUCGAACUCGGGCAGCCCAACCACUCGUGAGACUUUGUCGACUCAUGUGCUCAACCCCAGUCAGCGCAUGAAGUCCGCGGUUAUCGCAUACAAGGAGAAAACAGUUCAGGAGAUUUUGCCCGUGGCCUCUCAAGUACCGACUGACGAUGCGCUGAAAUUGCUUUCGAGAGGUGAGCAGUUUGUCCGUGCGUCCUUGCCCGAUGCAUCUGCCAAGAAGAAGCUGUCUUCGUUGCUGCUCUUUCGGGGAAAGCGGAUGCCGCCAGGAAAUCGUCGUGCAGUCAUUGAAGAACUCGUGCCUAUGCUUCUAGAGGUUAGAGACAUGUCACAACUUCAGGAGUUGUUGGCAGACAUGGACGGGCAAGAGGUUCUGUGGUUCCUUCGCCAAGUAGAUGAGGAUAUGAUCAAAUCCUUGAGUGUGCCAGGCCCCCACAGGAUCUUGGUCUGCAAGGAGCUUACUCGCAGAAUCACAGAUUCGGCGAUCGCAGACGCACAAGCUGAGCGCUUGGGUUUCCUUUGGGGACUUCCUUCUCCAACAAAAGGAUAA